GAUUUGAAAAGCAGAUCCCAAAUUAAUCACACGAGACGCAUUAUCAAUCCUAUUGUCUUUAGGGUUUUCAGAGCUGAAAAAAAUAAAAUAAACUAAUAAUGGCGGUUCUGAGAACCACCACCACCAACGUCAUUCUCAAUAGACUUCUCCAACCCUCGCUUUCUCUUUCCCUGCUGCUCUCCGAUUCCAGUAAGCUCAGCGCCACUAUCAAUGCGCUGCCGCACCGCCCAGCUGUGCAGCGAGGGAUCAGCCUGGCCCGAGUACGGUGUGCGGCUUCGGGUUCCGACGGUGGCGGGAAGGUUUCGUCUCGAUUGUCGCAUGUGCAGCAGCUCUUGCAGGAGGCUGAGGAGCGGGCUCUCGAGGCUGACGACGGUCCUACCCCUAACAUCACUCUGGACCAUGUAACAGUGAGUUUUGCUAGAAGUGGUGGCCCAGGGGGUCAGAAUGUUAAUAAAGUAAAUACGAAGGUGGAUAUGCGCUUCAAUGUUAAAAAUGCUCAUUGGCUAAGUGAAAGGAUCAGGGACAGGAUUAUGCAAAUGGAAAAGAAUCGAAUAAACAAGGAUGGGGAGCUUGUGAUAUCUUCAACAAGGACUAGAACACAGAAGGGUAACAUUGAAGAUGCUUUGGAGAAACUUCAGGCAAUCAUUGAUGCUGCUGCUUAUGUUCCUCCACCUCCUUCUGAAGAACAAAAGAAGAAAAUUGCAAAGAUGGCUGCUAUUGGCGAACAAAAACGUCUUAAAAGCAAGAAGGUUCUUUCCGAUAAGAAGGCAUUCAGAAGAAGUCGGAAUAGUUGGGAUUAACAUACCAUAUGGUGUAGAGAUCAUCAUAUAUAUGUUAGUGCCUUUUCUUCAUCACUUGGGAGUAUGAUUGUUCAUAUAUGACUCCUAUUAUUUUGUUUCGAUAUCUCUAUUUUUCCUUUUCACCCAUUUCUAAUAAAGGUUAUUCUUUGUUGUUUUUUGCAGGGGUCUCGGUGAUGCAUUUUGCAUUAGUAAUCCAUACAAACAAAAAUCUAGAGAUGAACAUUAUUGUAAAUUCCUUGAAGAACUCUGCUUUUUAGAUUGAUUACACAUUAAAAUUACUGAUUAUGAUAUAACAUUGUACAUUGUAGUUCUCCUUCUCGAUGGAGAACUAGUCUAAAAGUGAGUGCGUUUUGUAAAUCUUUGAAUUGAAUUGGUUCUCGACAGAAUAUAUGUUAAGAAAAAUUCUCACAUGGGACCUUAACAAAUGACACCAAUAUUGGACUUUUUUUUAUCCAAUAAAA